AUGGCAGACGAAGAUUAUAAAAACAGUAUUGAGGAACCAAAUGAUGAAAAAUUACAAGCAAUUGGCCCAUUAAACCAGUAUUCAGAGCUGACACAUGACGAAAAAGUUUUAGAAGUCUUAGAUUUUUUAAUUAAUCCUCGUAUUCAAGUCGACAUCAGUGUUGUACAGUUAACAUAUAUUGUACUCAAAUACCAACAUCAGAUAGGUAGCUAUAAAUUGAUACCGUUAGAGUAUUUUGAAGAUUUUCGUUUUGGAUCUAAUUUCCUGACUACAUUAGAAAAUUUUGAAAAUAAAAGAUUACAGCAACAAAACGCAGAUCAAUUUAAGGAAAGAUGUCACCUUCUAUUAAAAAUCAUAUCAAUUCUUUCUUUGGAUUCUGGAUUUGUAUCCCAACAACUGCUUGACUUGAAUUUCGUAAAGAUACUUGCUAAUGAUUUUCAAGAAUGGGUUCCUUUUAAACAAUUUCUUCAAAUAUUAUUACACGUUUCAAAGCAAUUAAUAUCUGAAAACUCUGACAACUUGGGUCCGUUUUUAAAUGAUAUAUUUGAUUCUGAUUUCAAAUUAAGCUUCGUUGAUAUUCUAAACGAAUAUCUUGUGAAAGAGACAGAUUAUUACAUCAUUCAAAUAUGGGAUAUUUUUUGCGACAUUGUUAAUCAAUUAGAUACUUAUUCCAAUGAAACUGAAGAGGAAAGAAGCUUAUAUUUUGAUCAUAUUACAGCAGUAUUGCAAAAUCAAAAUUGUACAUGUUAUACUGCAAUAAUAACCAUUUGGUCAUCAAUAUUCGAACUCUCUGUAAUUAGCAACUGGGAAUAUUCUUCUUUUUUUCAUUGA